AUGUGUUUGGUAGUAAACCUCUUCUUAUAUGUACGUUUAUUGUUUGUUUUUAUUUUUCAGUCUGUGGAUUCCAGCCUUGGGGGUCUUUCACGAUCCAGCACAGUGGCCAGCCUUGACACAGAUUCCACCAAAAGCUCGGGACAAAGCAACAAUAAUUCAGAUACCUGUGCAGAAUUUCGAAUAAAAUAUGUUGGUGCCAUUGAGAAACUGAAACUCUCUGAGGGAAAAAGUCUCGAAGGGCCACUUGACCUCAUAAAUUAUAUAGAUGUUGCCCAGCAAGAUGGAAAGUUGCCUUUUGUUCCUCUGGAGGAAGAAUUUAUUAUGGGAGUUUCCAAGUAUGGUAUAAAAGUAUCAACAUCAGAUCAGUAUGAUGUUUUACAUAGGCAUGCUCUAUAUUUAAUCAUCCGGAUGGUGUGCUAUGAUGAUGGCCUUGGGGCAGGAAAAAGCUUACUGGCUUUGAAGACCACAGAUGCAAACAAUGAAGAAUACAGCCUGUGGGUUUAUCAAUGCAACAGCCUGGAACAAGCACAAGCCAUUUGCAAAGUUUUAUCCACCGCUUUUGACUCUGUAUUAACGUCUGAGAAAUCUUGAAUUCUGCAAUCAAGUGGAAGUCAACUUCAUCUGAAAGUUCAGCUGUUUUCUAAGUAGUUGUUUUCAGUCUGCAGUGUUGCAUGGAACUAUGAAGUGAUCUCUUGCUCUAGACUUUCUGAAGAAAAUGCAAAUGUAUAAAAUAUUGAUCAUUUGUUUUUAUAUUAAAGUGUAUUAAACAGUGACAAUUAUUAAUGAAGUUAUUUUCUGGGAUAAGAAGGAAACCUCCUAAGUCAUUUCUAAAUGCAAAUAAGCUUAACACCUGAGUGUCACAGAAGUCCAUUCAGUGAAUAAUAACAACAUUGAGGACCUAUCUGAGGAAGACUACUGAAAUCUGAUCUCUAGCAGCUUCCCACUUGGGGCUGUGGGCAGGCAGAGGUUUGGACUGUGGACCCAGGUUCAUGCUGGUUUGGAACAGGGACACUGCCAACUUAAGACAAAGUAAAUUUGCCAGAGUGUGUUUUCAAAAUAACAUGCUAGUAAACCACGUUUAUCUCAGAGUGAAGAAAACCUUAAAAGAGUACUGCUUAUGCUAAAAGUAACUAGUAUUUAAAGAAUCUCAUGCAAGUAUGCUAGUGUACUUAAAAAAAAAAGGACCAUCAACACACAAUACUUUAAUAAAAACAUUAAAAAUAGAA